AUGGAAAACAACACCUCUCCCCUUUAUUUUAACCUCACAAUGUUCAUGAACAUAGGCAACUACCGCUACCCGGCGUUUGUCUUGUGUCUCCUGCUUUGUGCUUUUAUCGUCUCUGCUAAUCUCGUCGUAAUCGUGGUAAUAGCGCGAGAGAAGAGCCUCCAUGAGCCCAUGUACAUUUUCAUUUUGUGUCUCUCCGUUAACUCCGUGUACGGCUCCGCUGGCUUUUUCUUCAGAUUCCUCAAAGACCUUCUGUCGGACUCUCACUUGAUCUCGAGGCCGGCUUGUUUCACUCAGAUCUAUGUCAUUUACACCUACGCAUCCUAUGAGCUCACCCUCUUAGGAAUAAUGGCGUACGAUCGCUAUGUCGCCGUGUGCCAGCCGUUGCAUUACCACAGCAAAAUAACCAGCAGAAUGAUCUCUAAGUUGGUCGCCAUCGCAUGGAUCUAUCCAGCUUUUUCUGUUGGGACCUGUGUUUAUUUGUCCUCCAGACUUCCCCUGUGUGACAAUAAGAUACCAAAGGUUUUCUGUGCCAACUGGAAUGUAGUGAAACUGUCGUGUGUCUCCACUGCGCUCAAUAAUCUCGUUGGCAUGCUGGUGACCACGAGCACAGUCUUUCUGCCCCUGGUUUUUGUCCUGUACACAUAUACACGCAUUUUCCUUGUUUGCAGGAAACGCUCUUCGGAGUUCAAGAGCAAAGUCAUACAAAGCUGCCUGCCGCACAUUAUUACGUUUGUCAAUUAUUCCAUUACUGUGUUUUGUGAUGUUUCCCUCAGCAGAAUUAAUCUGGAAGAGCUCAAUCCUUUCCUGGCUAUUAUUCUGUCGCUGGAGUUUGUUGUGAUUCCUCCCAUUUUGAAUCCUCUUGUUUACGGCUUGAAGUUACCAGAAAUUAGAAAAAUCAUCUUAAGAACGUUAUCGUGUUCAAAAUCUGCCCAAACUGUUAAAGCUUAG